GCUGGUUUGUAGUCAGUGGGCUCCAGGGAAAAGGGUCUCCAGACUUUCAGGAGUGACUGUUGUUGACUUCUUGACAGUGUGGUGCUACCUUGAUGCCAAGUGAUAAUUCACGUGAUGGUAAACUUGCUCUCUUUCCAGGGUCGCAGGAUGCUGCUCAUGAUCUGGAGACGAUGAAGAAGUAUAAGGUUACUCAUGUUCUAAAUGUGGCAUACGGAGUCCAGAAUGCCUUCCUCAAUGACUUUAUAUACAAGAGCAUUUCUAUUCUGGAUCUCCCAGAAACUGAUAUUACCUCCUACUUCCCAGAAUGUUUUGAGUUUAUUGAGAAAGCCAAGAUCCAGGAUGGCGUGGUACUGGUUCACUGUAAUGCAGGAGUCUCUCGUGCAGCAGCAAUAGUCAUUGGUUUUCUAAUGAAUUCAGAAGGACUCAGUUUUGCUAGAGCCUUUUCUUUGGUGAAAAAUGCAAGGCCUGCUGUUUGUCCAAAUCCUGGCUUCAUGGAGCAGCUUCACAAGUACCAAGAACACAGUAAAAGGGCAAAUGGAAGCAUAAAUGAUCAUGACUGAUCAAAAGGGAGAAGUGAAACAAUCUAUAAGUAUACAGUAACAGAUGUUGGAUGUACUUUAAUCUGUCAUUUUGCAGUUCCUUUUCACAUGUGCAUUUAAAAUUCAUUCUCUACACAUUUUUCUUCUGUGUUUCCCCCUCCUGUUUUCAGCAUCUAAUCUAGAGGCCAAAUGGUGUUCUACUGACUUCAGAGAAGAUUUGGCUCAAGAACCAGCUCUUCCUAGAGCAACGUUAGAAAGAUCAAGUUCUCUUUUCCUUGCAAUAUUAGAAAAAACAGAAUGAUGGGCUUUAUUGAACCAUCAGACAAUGCAGGCAAUAGAGACAGAACAUAAAAUGAUAACUGAGAUAAUAAAGUUGCCGUUUUUACUUUAAUACUAAACCAAAUCUUUAUCCAUUCUAGUUGAUUGUAACACCUAGAUAAUAAAAUAUUCCUGUAAUACCAUACCUUGCUAUUAGGUCUUGAUUUGGUGUUGCAAAGAAAGAAGAUUUUAUUGAAUUUCAUGGGCUAGCCAGCUGAUAAAUAUUUUUAGAAAUUAAACCAGGUGGUCUUUUGAUGGAAUUAAAAAAGGCAUGGAGUGCUUUAAUGCUUUAUUUCUUUUUACUGUUUCCCAUCAAGUUGUGUUUUGAAGUGCACUAACGUGAUGUUUUUGAAAUGCUGGAACCAGGCGAUCAGUUUUCAUUUUGGUAGAUUGUUUCAGUGAAGAUAUGAAAAAUGUUUAAAGCAACAUCUCUCAGACUCACUGCUACUGCCUUUUUUUGUAUCCAGUUCUCCUCUCCACUCUCACUCCGUUCAGCAUCACCUAAAAAGAACAGCUGUGAUAGGAUAGAUGACUUUGGCUUUUUGUCUUGUUAUCCUCCUGCCACAUCUCAGGCUGGAAUAACCAUCUUAGGAUGACACUUCAAAAAAAAAAAAAAA